AUGUCUACGCUGGGCGAUAUGCAAAAGCAGCUAUCCCAGAUCAUGGAGGAGGCGAAAAGGCAAGGCUACAAGGUCGAGGAAGCCAUCCCGGAGAAUAUGCAGAAUCUUUUCUUGGGGAUGAGCGAGCUCAAUGCAGCGCGCGAAUACAUCCAUGAGAUUCAAGCUCGUGAGCAGGACCUUCAAGCCGAUAACAACGUCCUGCGAGCCAAACUCAAGGAAAAGGAAGCCGAAAUUAACGACCAGCCAGCAGAACUCAAGGCCCUCAAGAUCGAUCUCCAACAAGCGCGUCGUCAAAUCGACUAUUACCGUGAUCUGUCCGAGGAUUCCCGACGGCGUGCACAACGCUACCAGCGCGAUCUUUCUCUCGCUGUCAGGGACCAAGUUGCCUUCAAUGAAGUUACCGCGAAAACAGAGCGUCUACAGAACGAGCUUGGCCAGCACCAGUCGACGAUUCAGCAACUACAGACAGAAAACGAACGCGCAGCCAAAACUUUCGCUCAACUUCGAGCGCAAGACGCACGGCUCAUGGCAGUCAACGAAGCUCAAGUCGCUGCCAUUUCGUCACACGCUUCUCAAAUCGAGAACGAAAACGAACAAUUUAACGAAACACUCACCGCGCUCAUUGAUAAUCUAGAAUCUGAGAUUUCAUCCGCCACCGCCUUAGUCAAUGAUAAAGCCGCCCUACUACGCCAUACAGAGAUACUGCACAACGCUAUCUUCAGUGAGGUAGCACCUUUAAAUCGGUUAUUCUCUCGUGCUUUCAAGAUGCUGCAAAUGUAUCAAACCCUUUUCCAAUCGCUCUCCAAUCCAUACGCCUCUGGCAUAGCUAGCUUACCCCUUGGGCUGGAUCCGCUCAUGGAAGGUGCCAUGCAGGACUUGUACGUUUACAACGAGGUGCACAAUACCAUGUGCCAAGGUUCGGGGCUUGCUGGAGAGCAAGUUCGUACACAUCUUAACGGUAUUUCGAAGAGCGCAAGCAACAUGCUAGAGAGCCUACAUUCUAUCAGAGGGGAUGUUGCACACUUUUUAGCGCGUCUGCAAAAAGAACCAGGCACAUGGGCGGCUAUGAAGGCAAGGUUCGGCAUAUCUGGUAAGAAGAAGGUCAUAUGA